UGUAAACUGUACACUCGCUACUCUGUUGGAGUAGUGCGGUGGGUGGAGAAAGUCAAUCGUUCGGAAAUUUUGCGAAAGAAGUUUCGAUUUUGUGAAUUGGGUUUCUGGCGGCCCGAUGGCACGAUAUGCCAAAUCUCUGAUUUGGCUGGCCCUGGUGGCGGCUUCUCUCAAGCUGGCCCAAACUGCUGUCGACUAUUGCGACAAGAAAAUCUGCGCCGACCAUCAACCCAAUAUCGGUUGCAACAACGACCGGAAGCUCUCGUCGAAAUGUCCGGCGGGAUCCAAAAUCGUCGAGGUGACCGACGAGCUGAAGAAGCUCAUCCUGGACACCCACAACAAGUACCGGAGCACCUUAGCCACCGGUGGCGUUCCAUGGCUCCCGAAGGCGUCGGCAAUGCCGACGUUGACUUGGGACGACGACCUGCAGGACACGGCUCAGAUGAAUGCCAAUCAGUGCGUCAAGGCUCACGAUCCUUGCCACAACACGGAUAAGUAUUUGAACUCCGGGCAGAACAUCAACAAGGUCAGUACCACGGAAAAGAUCGACGUCAAGGAGUGGGUUCCGAAGCUAAUCAGCAGCUUCUGGGACGAACGUCACGACGUCAACUCUAACAUGGUCUCAGCCCUGUAUGACCCCGGCAAGAGUGUCAUGGUCUACCACUUUGCGGUGCUCGGAAACGAUAAGGUGAACAAGGUCGGUUGCGGUAUUUCGAUGUGGCCAAGUGGCGGUGGAUACAAUACCAUGUAUAUCGUGUGUAACUAUUCGUUCAACGAUUUCUUGGGGCUUCCGAUCUACAAUUCUGGGGAACCUUGCUCGGCCUGUAAGAAGGGAUGCAAUGCCAAGUAUGCCGGCCUCUGUAAUGAAGAUGAGCCGGUGCCGCAGUUGAUCAACUAUCCGGCACCAUCGGCUUAAGCCGGGUGCGAUCGGAGAGGAAUAGCGCCAUCUUAGUUAAGUAAGACUCAAAUCAAGUGAAUUUUCAUCGACCUGGACCUGUUUGUUAUGCUUUUUAGUUCUAUGAAUCGAAUAAAGACGAUCGGUGCUGGGGAA